UUUGAUGUUUAAGGCGAUUUAAAAUUGAAUGGAAUUUUGCCAAGAAUUAAGAACUGCAAAGAUUUUCCAAGGAAUUGUUAAAUUUUUGUAAAUGUUCUUUGCCUUGAAAAGCGGAGCAUAAGAGGCUAUUUGGCUACUUUGAGAAUGGUUAAGGGAAAAAGUAAAUUGCUUAGUUGAUUUUAAUUGGUUUUAAGUGGCAAUAAUUGAAUUGAAAAUUCUUUACUUUGAGAUUUAAUCGAUUUUUCCCUUUACCCUAAAAAAAAGAAGCAAAUUUUUUCAUAUGUGUCUCUGUGUGUGUGUGUCUCUAAAGGAAUAUAGAUUUUCCUGUAUCUGCUGUGUCGUUCAUCGCCGUUGUUGUAGUCUUCGUCGCCGUUGUUGUAGAGCCGAGAAAAAGUGCGUGAGUGUGCUUUUUUCGUAAUUUGCCAGUCUCUUAAACAUGCUCAUUCGUUCGUAAUUGCCUAUUGCUUUUUGUGCCAUUCAUUCGCCUACUUUUCGAAGUAGCGGUAUUAUUAUGAUUAUGUUUUUUUUCGAUUCUCUGUGACACACUUUGUGUCACACAUACAUACUUGCCUAAUAACUGAGCCCGAGCGACGAACAAUAACAGCAGUCCAGUGGUGGUAGUUCGUUGGCUGGUUGUGUUCGAAAAGCCAAACACAUGUUUGAAGUAAUGCGGAAACCAACCAACAACCUCCACCAUGUAUGGUGAAUUCUAAAGUGAAUCUAUUAUCUUCUAUCAAUCAUUGUCUUAGAGACCAAAACCCCCCGCCUCCCCACACCCAAAUCGAAGACAUCCGGGGAAGAAAAGUGGGUUGCAUGCUCUUAUAAACGUAUUUAUGGUUUGUAUUAUUGCCAAUAAGGAAAAUUAAGAAGAAGAAGAUGAUGGUGAUGGCAUGGACCGUUUUUCGAUGUCUCCCCAAUUAGAGAAUGCUUAAGUUACCCAAAGGUCUAAAAAAGAAAAAGAAGAAGUCCAAAAAGGAUCAAGAACUUUUCACCGAAGAAGAACUAGCAGAGUACAAACGCCAACUAAAGGCCAAGCAGGAGGCUGCUGCUGCUAAAUCAGAUGCCGGUGAAUCCGAUGCAGCAUCAGAUGUUGAAGGUUUAGCAACAACAGCUACAACAUCAAAUACUGCUUCGACCUCUGAGUUAGCGCACGCGAACGCUGAAUCUGCCAGCCAAAGGAACGAGGAAUCCGCAAACGGUUCUCAGGCGGCUGCAACAACAACCACCACCACCACAACAGCCGAAGACGACGAGUGGGCCAAAUUUAAGGCACUCACCUCGAAGGUUGAUACAGUUCUCCACAAGACCCAGGACGAGUUAGAUCACAUCAAAAAAGAGUCCUUCUAUCAACGUCUUCCCUCGGCAGCCGAAAAGAAACGUCUCGAAGAAGAGGAGGCAGCCAAACGUGAGGCCGAGCGUUUAGAGGAGGAGAAACGCAAGGCAGCCGAGCUCGAAGCCCAGCGUGACAAGCUAGCUGAGGCUGUUGUUGAGCUCUCGGAAUCGGAGGCGGAAGACGACGCCGAGGUUGAUGAUAUUUUUGUCACCGAAUACGUUGAUGCCAUAACUAGCGGAGAGGUCCAGCUAGCCGUUGUUCCUGAUUCUCCCGUCCUAGAAUUUGACGACGGUCCCGAUCCCUUUGAUACUGCCUACGCUGAAAAGGUAAUUGUUGGGGCGGAUAAGGCCAAGGGCAACAAGAAAUUGGUCAGCCUUGGGGCGGCCGUUGAAGUCCUUUCCGGUAGGGUAGAACGUGAAAAGGCCCUUGAACUUGCCAAGCCAAAAAGGAAGCUACGCAAGGGCAUUAAAAACCUUCUGCUCAGCGAUUCUGUUGAUCUUGCCGAUGCCGAUGAGGAGGAUCUCAUUGCCCCAGAGCCACAAAUAAAUCUCUUGGAUGAACUGGUCGAUGAUGUACCAGACGCCCCCAUUGAUCUAAGCGUUUCGUUACAUUUGAAUUUCAUACAACCCAAGAAGCCACCAUCUGAAGACGAGGACGAAGAACCGGAGCCUGCACUGCCCGAUUUAUCGGAAUUCGAUACCCUCAAGGAUCCAGAGGAUGAUGAAUUUGCUGAAUUAGCGGCGGAAUCAUUGAACAAAAAAGAAGAAGUAAAAGUUAUCACAGAAAUACCAUUGCCCCAGGCAGAGGUCCUAAGCGAUUUUGCAGCUGCCGAUUGGGCGGAAUUUGAGAAACUCCCCGAGGAGGAAGAGAGUGGUAAACCCAAACGUCCACCUCCCCCCAAUCUACCGCCCGGUGUCGUUUUCAUCAGCGACGACGAGGAAGAGGAAAAUCAAGACGACGAUCCCUUCAACACCAACUACGCCGAAGUUGUAAUCAAAAAGACCACAGUACUCGAAGAAGACGACGAAUUUGAUCCCAGGGCUGAGGAGAAGUCAGCUCCCCCCGAACGUCCUUCACCACCCUCGGUCAUAACUAAAAUCCUAUCGGAAAAGGCCGAGGUUGAUCCAUUCGACACCUCUGUGGUGGGUGUAAUAAUUCAGGCCUCCAAGACUACAUUAAAACAAUCGUUAAGUGAUCCCGAUUUUGAUCCCCGGGCAGACGAAGAACCCGCACCAGCACCGGCAGCAGCCGCCACAAAGGCACCACCUCCAAGGCCACCACCAGUUGUACAGGCCAUACCCCAGGGAGAGGAAUUUGAUCCGGUGCGUCGCAAGUCAUCCCUCAGCCUAACCCUUAAGAACAAGGCAGUUGGUUUCUUGGUACCAAAUCCCGAUUUAUUGGGCGCAGCAGAGGGUGCUAGCAACAACAAGAAACCGCUAACACCUUACUACGCUCCCAGUGAGGCAGGAUUCAGUGAUAAUAGCCAAGUAGAGGAUCCAUUCGAUACCUCGUACGUACCCGAAGCCAAACCAACUGAGGUUGAGCUCAAACACUUGGAACACGAUCUGUUGUCGAAUCCCACACUAAAGCAUAGCAUUUCGGAUCCUGACUUUGAUCCACGGGCACCACCCACACCAGUACCUGCUGAAGAUUUAUUGGCCGUAAAGGAGGAUAUUGCCAUAAAGGUCUUGACACCGGCCCAGGAGAGUAAAGAUUUGCCUGACGAGGAGUACAUCGAUCCAUUUGAUACAUCCAUUGCGGCCGACAUAAGGCCUGGCCAGACGGAACUUAAACUUUUGGAAAACGAACUGCUGCCACAGAGAGAGGCGGAAAUAACCACAGGCGUUUUAGAUACCCAAACCGACGCCCAGGAACUGGGUUUGGGGGAUAAGGUGUUGACACCCCAACUACCCCACAAGAACAUAGUUGUUGCUGAGGAAAUUGAUCCCUUCGAUACCUCAAUUGCUGAAAACCUACAGCCCGGAGAAACCGAAAUUAAGCUGUUGGAAAACGAACUCAUAGAGCACUAA